AGAAAUUGGUCUUUCCAGUCCAUUAGCUCAGCUCAAGUACACCGACGAAGCAACCAGGACUUUAUCUCAGUCAGAUCUCUCUUGACAAUCAAGGUACAAUAAAAAUCCACUGGAUCCCAGGGCUCUGCUGACCCAAUACCCCUCCCAUCGCUUCAGUUGGUAUACAGCACCUUGCAAGGAGGAAAGCGUUUCUUUGGUCCGCGUCUGGUGCGAUCCAACAGGUUGACAUGAGUAGCAUGCCAGGCUUCAGCAGCUACUUGCUGUCGAUCUUACUCGUCAUGCUACUGUCUUGCUCGGACUCCAGCGGUCAUCAGUCAGAAUGUUUCAUCACUCCGACUCUAGCGCGGCCGAGCCGGUCGGAGGGGUUGCAGCUCCGUUGGACGUCCUCGCGUGCUGGCAGACUGGGCGUACUGCAUCUGUAUGCAGCUGAGAGCUCCUCAAGCUCUCGGAGCAGGCUCACUGCUGAUCAGCAGGCGGAAACAACUUCAGGCAGGCUGAGGAAUUUGAAGCGACUGAUUGAGAGCAGCUGGUCCAAUGAUACUCCUUCUGACAAGUUUCUUGGAUCUCGAAGGCUGGGAAAGAUGAAGCGGAUAGUCCUGAACCAGGUCGGCUCGCAAGAGACGAGUUCCUCAGAAUCACGAGAAAAUGCGCUGGUCGUCGAUGAAAGAUUGCAGAGCAUCGAAGUCAUGAUAGGAGAGCGGAGGCACUCAGCUCCGAACAAGACGGCAGGCGACCUCGUCGUUGAGCUCGUGCUGGAGGCGGCAGACAUGGCAGCUGUCACUGCCUGGGGCUCGGCGCGGCUUCUCUCCAUUGCAGCGAACCAGGCAACUGCCGCUGCUCAGUCAGCUCCUCCUCUGCUGUUCAACAGCAGUCAGGUCCUCCCUCGCCUGCAGUUCCAGCAGUUCAUACAGACUUCGCUCUUCCGUCCUGGAGGAUACUUGAAGACGCUGCAGGAGUUUGCGAGGAGGAGGAAGGGAGCAGAGGAACAGAGGGAGGUCACGAGCGACAGGGUCACGAUCCAAGACCUGGAGUUUGCGGGGGAGGCAGGAGAGAAUCAGCUCAGGGGAGAGAAGUGGAUACGAGCAAUCAGUCAGAAGGAUUGGAUCCCCAGCACCCAGCUGCCUGGAGCUCCUUGGAAGCCCUCCUCCCCCUUCUUCGUACUUCUGAUCGUCCUCCCCCUCCAGGUGCUGGCUCAAGGGUGUACGGCUCUCCCUCCCAACCUGCAGAGCUCCGGCGCGCAGAAGAGGAGGAGGAUAGUCUUAUCAGGCAAGGAGCUGCAGCUGCGCCUCCUUGAGCAGGGAGCGAUCGAUACUGUGGAAGCGGCAUCCAUCAUCAUGGGCUAUCAGCGUCUCAAGAACAUCUCAGCUGCUCCCGAUCUUAGCAUGCUCAUCGACAUGGAGGAGGAAGUUAGAGAGCUAGUCUCCUCCUCGCGUGCCUGA